CGUUGCUGCCAUCCUGAAGAAAUACCAAAUCCUCAAUCAUGUUGGACCGUCAACAAGACCCCACAACCCCCACCAAAUCCAUCUACGCCUCAGCAGCAGGCUUCCUGGGCCGUCUCAUCUCACCCUCGAAGAACACUCGUUCUCCCUGCCCCUCACCUUCACGCUCGAAACUCCCCGUUCCAUCAGCUACGAGUACGAGUCCCCAGAAGAACUUCGUUGCGGACCCGAGAUUGUCCUUUGCCCCAAAACCACCAACGAACGUCCCGGGAAAGAUCCCGGAUACGGGUACGGCGGCGGAUAAAGUCUUGGCUGAGCUCAAUGCGCGGUCUCUGUCUCGGCCUGUAGCGAGCCCCCAUUCCCGUGCUCUCUCCAAAAUCGGCGGAAAGGGGAUGGCCAGGAGUCCGUCUGUAACGCAAAAGUUGAGUGAGAAGCAAGACAAGCUAAUGUCAAAGGCCGAUUCGAUCGCCACGCAUUGGUCCACACAAUCUCGUUCCGUUUCCGCUGCCAGCUCUCAUUCAAGACCGGGGAGUGCGGGGUCGAUUCGCUCUACGACGACAUCGGCCACGACGACGACGAAGGCGGCACAGAAACCAAAACUGCCGACCGUGUUGGCGAGUCCGGAGAAGAAACGUGUUACGGAGGAAACACAGGGUGGGACGCCGGCGAAGAGGAUGAAGCUUGACCCAGCCUCCUCGCGACUGGGGAUGCCGAGGAGUCCUUCGAAGAUGAAUUUAUUUGGGAGUGGGAGUGGGAGUGGGACUACGACGGCGGCUACGAAGACCGGAAUCCCGAGAUCGCCAUCCAAAUCAAUGCUCUCCUCCGCUACCAGCAGCAAACUACCAAUCCCCACAUCAACGACCACAACGAAGGAUGAGGGAGUCAAAGAUGUCUCGACGCUGAAUGCGGAAGCUAAUCGCCGGCAUUUGGAGUUGCAGAGACAGAGGCGAAGGGAUGCGAGGUUGACGGGGACGGUGAGUCCGGUUAAGGCGAGGGCGGGGGUGAAGAAGGCGCCGGCGUGGAAGUGAGAUGCGGGGCUGGGACAAGAAGUACGAUAUUACAGUGAUCAAUGAGUCGGCGUUAGCAUUUAUAUCCUAUAGGUCUUUAAUCUUGGCGU